CGCCAGGCGGCGCUAUCUGCGCUCACACAUUCUUCCUCACCCUGGACCCGCGCAUCUCGGGUGAGAGCAGCAACAAAGGAAGGGUUCAGAUAGCUGCAAUCAUGGAUAUUGACGUGAAGAAACUGAAGGUGAAUGAGUUGAAGGAGGAACUCCAACGACGCGGCCUGGACACUAAGGGCCUUAAGGCUGACCUGGUGGAGAGGCUGAGAGCCGCUCUGGAGGAAGAGGCUCAGACAGACGCCGCGGGCAUAGAGGAUCACGGGGACGAGGAGCAGGGGAUGGAGGAGUACCCCCAAGACGAUCAGGAUAAUGAUGACGAAGAGGCUGUGCAACAAGAGCCAAUUGAAGGUUAUGAUAAUGGAAAUGGUAAUGAUGACGUUCCAGAAGGUGAUUAUGAUGAAGGUAGAGAUUCUGGCGGCUACUAUGAGGAGGAAGAGGCCAAUGGUGAGGCAUACGACAGUCAACCGACUGAAUCAAGCCACAGCAUGCCUGACUUUGCAACUGAUGCUGACACUUCCAAAUCUGACUUUGUGCCAGAAGAAACAAAGCCUGUGCAGGAAGCAGAAGCUCCUGAAAUUAAACAAAACAUCAAAGUUGAAGUGAAAACCGAAAAUGCUGAUGAUGCGGAGCAGGGUAGUCACAGGGAGCAGGAGCAGCAGCAGCGUGGUGAAGAGAGGGCCACUCCAAUUGAAGUCAAAACAGAGAGUGGAAAAGGUGGACCUCAAGGCCGCAAGAGACCAUAUGAAGAAAAUCGAGGAUAUGGCUAUUAUGAACAUCGUGAGGAAAAGCGAUCACGCACACCUCAGCCUCCUGCAGAAGAUGAAGAGGAGAAGAUUGAUGACACCCUUGUUACAAUUGAUACUUACAACUGUGACUUGCAUUUUAAAGUCUCGCGCAAUCGCUACAGUGGCUAUCCUCUCACCAUUGAAGGCUUUGCUUACCUGUGGGCAGGAGCUCGGGCUUCUCAUGGAGUUACUAAGGGUCGUGUGUGUUAUGAGAUGAAGAUCAAUGAGGAAAUUUCUGUUAAACACCUGCCCAGUAAUGAACCAGACCCCCAUGUGGUUAGAGUUGGAUGGUCCCUCAACCACUGCAGCACUCAGCUUGGUGAGGAACCUUUCUCUUUUGGGUAUGGAGGAACAGGAAAGAAAUCUAGCGACUGCAAGUUUGCAGAUUAUGGUGAACGCUUUGGUGAAAAUGAUGUCAUUGGUUGUUACAUUGACUUUGAAAGUGGCGAUGAAGUGGAAAUGUCCUAUUCCAAGAAUGGCGUCUCACUUGGAGUGGCUUUCCGAACAACCAAAGAAGCUUUGGCAGGUCGUGCUUUGUUCCCUCAUGUUCUGGUGAAAAACUGUGCCGUGGAGUUCAACUUUGGGCAGAAGGAGCCCUAUUUCCCUCCUCCAGAGGGAUACACCUACAUUGACAAGAUUAACCUGGAAGAUAAGAUCAGGGGAACCAAGGGACCUGACAGCAAAGCUGAAUGUGAGAUCCUUUUGAUGGUUGGCCUGCCUGCCUGUGGGAAAACCACUUGGGCCAUGAAGCAUGCAGAAGCGUAUCCUGAGAAGAAAUACAACGUCCUGGGCACAAAUGCCAUCAUGGACAAAAUGAAGGUGAUGGGUCUGCGUCGCCAGAGGAACUAUUCUGGUCGCUGGGAUACUCUGAUUCAGCAGGCCACUCAGUGUCUGAACCGCUUAAUUGAGAUCGCCGCCCGCAAGAGACGCAACUACAUUCUCGAUCAGACAAAUGUAUAUGGAUCAGCAAGGAGACGAAAAAUGCGUCCUUUUGAAGGUUUUCAACGCAAGGCUAUUGUAAUUUGUCCCACGGACGAGGAUUUAAAAGAGCGAACGUUAAAGCAAACCAAUGAGCAGGGGAAGGAUGUGCCCGAUCAUGCCGUUUUAGAAAUGAAAGCCAACUUUACUCUGCCAGAAGUGUGUGACUUCUUGGAGGAGGUGACGUUCGCCGAACUGCAGCGAGAGGAUGCUGAAAAGCUGCUGAAGCAGUACAACGAGGAGGGCCGUAAGGCUGGACCACCCCCAGACAAGCGCUUCGACAACCGACAGGGCGGGUUCAGAGGUCGCGGUGGUGGUGGCGGCAACUUCCAGCGCUAUGACAACCGUGAUGGUCCCCGUGGUGGCUACUCAAACCGCAGUGGGGAAAGUGGAGGAUACCAUGGAGGUUAUAGUCGAGGAGGCUAUAACCAGAAUCGUUGGGGUAACAGCUACAGAGAUGCACCUGAUUCACGAAGUGGAUACAACCGCAAUCAGCCACCUAGUGGAAGCUACAACUAUCGCACAGCUCCUUACAAUAAGGGUGGAUACAGUCAGGGUUAUGGGCAGGGAUACAACCAGGGCAGCUACAAUCAGGGCAGCUACAACCAGGGUUACUACGGUAAUUACAGCCAGUACCCAGGCUACAGUCAGAGCUACAGCCAGCCGGCCGCCUCUGCUCAAACGUACAGCCAGCAACAGCCGCCAGCACAGGCCCCGCCAGCACCGGCCCCAGCGCAGCAGUCACAGCAACAACAGCAGAGCUACAACCAGCAGUAUCAGCAGUAUGCUCAGCAGUGGCAGCAGUACUACCAAAACCAGAAUCAGUGGAACCAGUAUUACAGUCAGUAUGGCAGCUAUGGACAGGGCCAAGGCUCUUCCUCUGGUUCUCAAUAAAUGUACCUGUACUACAGCCCGCUCCCAUGUGUCUGACACUUCUGACCUCUGCUGCAAGUUGAAUUUGUACAGUCAUUAAGUCACCUAGAAUAUCCUAACACAUAAAUAUCCAUUCUUCACCAGUUAAUGUAGACAAUUUGUGUACAGAUUGAUGUUUUUUCUUUUGAUUUAUGAAGAAGUCUUACUCUAAUCAGUGGCUCUAUGGUGGUAGAAAAUGGGUUUCAAAACAUUUAAUGUGUAUUGAAGAUGAAUGUCUGCAGGUUGAGCAUUGGUCACAUUUCGAUACAAUAAAUUGUAGUCUGUACAGUGUGGACAAUAGGGCCAGGCAGGAAAAAUCUAUAUAAAAUACUCUGCUGCUUAUGAGAGCAGAAUGCAUGUUUUUAAUCUUUAUCCCCCAUUUUUCUGUUUGAGAUGGAGAGCUGUAGGCACAUUUUUAUUUUAACACAUUUUAUGCUGAUACCCUAGUAUUUAAAUGUUAAUCUGCUUUUUGUUUUUUAGACCAUGUCAUGCUUACGUAGUCAAAAGUGCUUUUUUUGUGCCCUGUAGUUGAACCCUAUUGUGACAACCCUUUUUUUUUUUUUUUUUUUUACAGAAAAUUGAACAAGUAACAAAGCUGUCUUGUCUUUAUACAAUAAAUGCAAUUUGAUUGCUGGUGGAUUUUUA